AUGCGCCGCUUGGGCGUCCCUCUGCUAUACGUGCUCGUUAUGCUCACGACUAUGCAGGCGAAAGCUGACGCGAUCACGGGCACGAUAGCCUCGACAGGGGCGGCACCCGACACUGCACCGUUGGCUACGACCCAUGACAAAGUUGCUACCAGAAGGAUUCGAAGCCCCGACAUACUGGAAGAGAGAGCACUGCCCGUUCCUCCUAAUGUGUUGCCCGAAUCCAUCCCGCCGACCAUUAAGUCGCUGACAAGGUCCUGGUUCGAGUCACUGCGGCCGAUGAUCAAGAACAGCCUUCCUUCGUUUACCACCUUCGAGUCCGGUCCGACAAAGUUGAGAAACUUUGUCAGGUCGUUGUGGCAACGACUGUCGAACAGUGUUUGCGUUCGGUAUUGGCUCUAUAGAGGAGAAACUGUGGAUAGCGUUUUUAGGCGACUGGGGCUCGACACUGGACUGGACAAAAUUGCGUACAGUCCAAAGUUUUACACUUGGGUUACGUUCGUCAACCUCUACAACCUGCACAACCCAAACAACAAGAUGUUAAUGAUGCCGAUACUCUCAUACACGUACUCGGAUUUGGCAGUGGCAAGGAUGAUUGAAGCAGCAGGCGACACUUCACUGGAACGUGCGCUGGCAUAUCGACUGGCUUGGGAACAGAAACUGUAUUGGGGCGAUACGAAAAAGUCUGGACUCGACGUGUUCGUGCUGCUCGAGCUCCACGAGGGAGGGCAAAACAUAUUUGAGCGUCCCGUGCUCAAUCGAUGGUAUAUGUACAUGAAGUGGGCGUAUGGUGAGAAUGCCAACUUGAACAUGGCAUUGGUGUUGACAAAGCAGUACAACCGGAGCGCGUUGGGUAAGAUGUUCAUAACCGCUCAGCCACAAGGCGGGUUUCGAAAAGUGCAGUGCGUGAAACUGGAAACGGCGGUCGGCAAGUACCUGCUCGCGCUCAGCCACCAGGCGGGUUUCAAAAAGUCUAGCGCGUGA